CGAAAGCAUGGCUACCAAAGACAAAGCUGACAAAAUGGCAUCCGAUGUCGCACACAUGAAAGAGUUGAUGAAGAAGAAAGACGAUUUAGAAGCCGAAAUUAAGGAAUUCCAAGAUAUUCUUGAUUCGCAAGAUGGAGUUGGAAUGUCUGGACCUCUGGUGGAUGCUGAAGGUUACCCUCGAUCAGACAUAGAUGUAUAUACAGUCAGACAUGCCAGGAACAAAGUUAUCUGUUUGCAAAAUGACCACAAGGACUUGAUGAAAUCCAUAGAACAAUGUCUAUAUAAAAUCCAUGCUGAUGCCCGAGACCACAGUAAUGAAGAAUUGCAGACAACGUCCUUCCCAAAACCUGCUGCUAAAUCAACCAGUUCUGAGAAGAAACCUUUCGCUAAAGUGGAUAGAGUUGAUGCUGGCUCCCCCAGCGCAGUUGCAGGACUGGAGGUAAAUGAUCUGCUAAUAGAAUUUGGAUCCAUUACCGCAGAGAAUUUCCAGAAUUUGCAGAAUAUUGGCAAAGUUGUGCAGCACAGUGCAGGGCGAAGUUUGCCAGUAUCUGUUAUUCGUGAUGAGAAAGAGGUCCGUUUGAGCCUCACUCCCCAGACCUGGAAUGGGCGGGGCCUUUUAGGGUGUAAUAUACUGCCCUUAGGGAGGUGAUGAGAAGCCAGAACAGCAGAACAUCUUAGUCAUUUACAGAUUCUUCACACAACCAUCUGAUUAUAAUCACUGUUGUUCAAACAGCUUGUUGGCCAGAAUGUGUAUCAGUGUACAACUUAUGGUCUGUGAACACACAACCAGACUUCAGUGAUAUCAAACCUCUAAUAAGUGUAAAUAUCACGUUGGUGUUGCGCAAAUCACCAACAUUUCUCUCUGUUGAACUUCGUGUUCUCUCAAGCUAACUUCAAGGAUGACAAUUUUUGUACAUUGAAUCAAUGAACAAUAUGUAUGUUGUACAUAAAUUUUAUAUGUGGAGAUCCUAUUUGUCAUUAUUUGUUGAAUUCUUUCUGGAUCAUUGACGAAUGAUCGCUAGGACCCACAAGGUUCACUUCCACAGUCAGACGGAAUCUUUGAGAUCGCCAGGUUUCAGUGUUUCAUUGGCUAUAUGCCUUUUUUAUGAUCAAACAUUAUUGAAGUUUGUCGAUCACUUAUAGCCUCCACCAGUAUGACCUAUGGUUGAACAUCUCUGUCACUUGUGCAAUCAUUUGUCAGUUGUGUCAUCAUUCAGAAGCCGUAAUUCUGGCUUCCACCAUAUAAAGGACAAAUUCUUUAGUAUGGUUUUGUUUUGCUAAAACAAUGAAGUGAAUCGUUCAGCAGAAAUGAUGAGUAUUGAGAUACCAUUGUGAAACAAUUUCAUGUCCCGAAUCAUUUUAAUAUUGAGUAUUUCUAAGGGUUAAAACUGAUUCUUAUUUUCAGAAAGGAGUGUCAUUGUAAAAAUCAAGCACGUUGCGAUGUGUUUGUCAUGUUGAAAUUGCCGGUUUGUCUAUAAAAAAAAAGGGGUGACGAAAGGCGGAAAUUACUGUAUGAUUAGUCUCAUGUUGUUAUAAUGUAUAAUGAACAAGGCAAUUGUGUCAGAAGUAACUUGAAUCACAAAAGUUUUGAUAUUUAGUUUUCCCCGUGUAUACUUGUUUCUUGUCCUAUUUAUUUUCACACUA